AAAAACAAACAACAGUGUACUACAAUGGGUGGAGGCACUUUUCAAAUGCUGGAUUUGUUACCUGUGGGAUUCAGGUUCCAACCAACAGAUAAAGAGCUUGUGUACCUCAAACACAAGUUGCAUGGUGAUGAUUCAGAUUCCCUUGUUGCCAACAUUCCUGUGCUUGAUCUUUGUAAGGUUGAACCUUGGAAUAUUCCAGCCUUUUCGGUGAUAAAGUCAGAUGAAGCAGAAUGGUAUUUCUUCAGUCCUCUCCAUUCCAACAGGGUAACCAGACAUGGGUUCUGGAAAUACGUUGGAAGUGACCGUAACAUCAAGACAACUCGCACCAACAUUGUCAUUGGGACCAGGAAGACUCUUGUUUUCUGUCGAGGCCGGGUCGAGACCGACUGGGUUAUUCAUGAGUAUCAUGCUGCUGCUACCAUUGAUGAUGCCCAGGUUUUAUCUUAUUUCAUCAUCUUUCUUUGCCCUGAAUUUGCUGUCUUUUCUAAUGAGCUAUGAACCACGGCACGACAAGCUAAGAAGUGUCCUAGAAUCUUCUACCUAAGAACAAGUUUUGGUGUCUGAGCCGCAAUUUUUAUUUAUUCAAACACCGCAAAGAAGUGUCUGCCAUGUAAAUGGUGUCAUAAUGUAUGUAACAUUCCAUAUUUCAUAGGUGUCUGUGAUUCAAAUGAGUAUAGCAUUAAAUUUUCAGGCUUUGAUAUUUCCUAUUCGACUGGUCCUUCUGACAUUUACUGGUUCUAUAGUCCCAUGUUUGUUUGUGUCCUAAU